GUUUUAGAGAUACAAAUAUGGACACCAUGAUUUACCUGGAUCAGGAGAACGGCAGACUGACCACUCCAGCCAUCAAAUCUCGCCAGAACAGACUGCACUCUGCUCCGGAUCAGUGCUUGAGAACACCUCUGACAGGAAAGGCACGUCUUGGAGCUCCUCUGCGAUCGGGCCGAAAAGCUUUGGGAGUCAUAAAUAAGGUUGUUGCCACCCCAGCAGCAUCCCAUAAAGCAGAGGAGAAGACUAAACCUGCUGAAGCCAUGGUUCCUGCUCAGCCAGCUAACGUUAGUGAGGAGACGCCAAGGAUCGAGAAGUGUUUUCCAUACAAUCCAAGCGAGUUUGAGACCUGCAGUGUUCCAGAUGAAGUCUACCUCAGUUGUUUCUCUCUGACUGGUCUGGGAAAACGGAUGUGGCCAACUGCUUCACCAGUGGAAGAGCUUAUCAUGGACCCAUGUUUGCCACUCUCACCUUUAAAGAUGCCCAGAGCGGUUGAAUGUGUUGAUGAAAUGGAGGUAUUCCUACAGACGAUCAGUGAGCUGACUGUUGACUUGCCCCCUGAGUGUGAACUCUAAAUUUUCAUGUGGAUUGUGAACUUUGUACUUUUAAAUUGUUUGCUUUUAACUGUUAUUAAACGUUUUGUAAAACUUCUGUCCAAUGUUGUUAAUCUGAAA